AUGCCCGACAAGGUCAUUGACCUUACAGUGUCUGACGACGACGUUGCUGAGAUAGACAAAACCAGAGAUGUAUUGAGUUCUGGUAAGACUCGACACAAAAGCCGGCGAAGACGCGGCAAGGACCGAAAUACAGGGGAAAGCGAAGUUGCCGAGGGUGUUCAACAGAGUAAUGGGCCGUCGUCGCCAAGCAAGCCGGGAGGCAAAUCCCAGCCCGAACAGGCCAAAUCGAACAGCCUGCUUUCACGCCUUGGGAUGAUACCGAACGAGAACAAGGAAGAUACCAAAUCCAAGCGAGGUUCUCGCGACCGGCCGCCGGACGCAAAAGGAAAGGAUCGCCGAAAGCAAACUGAUGAUGAACGCACGAGGGCCCAAGAAAUGCCUCAAACAGAUGGUAAUAGUGCGCAUCAUCGAUGGCCUCGUUCUCCUUCUCCUAACAAGCUCGAGGAAAUCCCUUUAUCGGAGCUUCCCGUGGAGCAACUCUUUUUUGUUGACACUGGACCGCCGAGUGGGGUAAAUAGCGGACAAGAGCAGCAUUUGCCGCCAGGAACGGGAAUAGGAUUCACAACCUCCAACGCCCCUGGAUCUGGCGCUAUUCCAAACGCGAAGGCGAUUAAGAAACCCCUCACCAAGGAGAGUAGAAAGGAAUUUCAAGGCUCAGAAGAAGGUAAGGUGUCUGGGGACACUCCUGGUAGAGGGCCCAACGAAGUGGAGUUUAUCGGGGGAAGCGCCCUGGUGGUGGAAGAUCAAGCCACUGGCUCCAGUACCGCAGCUGCAGCCGCCGGGAAGAUCGCCACUCUAAGUAAUUUUCUGACGGAAUCAACUCAAGCCGAGGUCGUCAAGCCGACAACCGAUGGGGGAACAAAGUCUAAUGGCCUAUCUCUCCCUGAACACGUUACACUUUGGGUCGAGGGGAAUGACGUCCCUGCCUUGGAGGGUUCUACUGCAGCUCUGGAAAUUGAAGAUGGCAUCGAGUAUCUGGAUUAUGAGGAUGACCAAGCUACUGGUAUAUCGCGUUAUUUCGCCCCGGAAUCGGCUGCUUCCUCCAGGAAAGCCUGUAGAACGUGCGGAGAGGAGGGACACAUUGCUAAGUAUUGCAAAAAGCUGAUUUGUUUGACCUGUGGUGAACGGGAUGAUCACGAUACUCGUAAUUGCCCCAUGCGUGUCGUGUGCUUUAAUUGCGGCGGCAAGGGUCAUCUUUCGUCAACGUGUCCCCAGCCCAGGGGACGAAUAGGUUGUGACCGUUGCGGGUCAUCUAAACAUAUUCCUCAAAGAUGCCCCGAGCAGUUUAAAACAUAUGUCUAUCUAUCAGAGGAAGAACGGCUACAAGUACUCAAACAACGCGAAUCUCUUAAAAGUAUUGGGUUCGGAGAAGGGGGAGAAGGGUACAUUGCGCCGCAUAUAUGGUGUUAUAAUUGUGGGAAUGGCGGACACUGGGGCGAUGACUGUAAAGACUCCAAGCCCUCGAGCAUACCUACUGAGCCUUGUGCAUUCGGUUCCUUCAAUGCAAGUCGAGGGCCAUUCGGUGAACUGGAUAAUACACAUGGACGUGACCGAGAUUUACCCCGACCUGCUUGGCUUGAUGACGACCCCCACCUCCAAGAUGUUGGUCGCCGGGGCAAGGAGGCAAACAUAAGACGGAAUCGAGCGGCCGAGGCAUCUCGUGCCGCUCGUGACCGAGAUGACGAUGACUGGUUUAGUCGAACAGGUGAAUCUUAUUCUAUUAUAUGCAAAGAGCGUCUGUUCACGGUAGCAUCAGCUGGCUCUUCGCGGGACCAACGGCAAGCGAAUGAUCGUGCCAAGGACAAUCUUCCAGCAAAACCUAAGUUUGCUUUCCAACCUCGUGACAAUGGUGGGGCUUCAGGCCGACCUAUUUCAGGGGGGUAUGAUAGUACUCGUGACCGCGACCGCAAGCGUGAGAAAGACCGGGAUAAAGGCCAUGAUAGCGAGAGGCCUCACGGCUGCGCAGAGAUUAUGAGGAUUGGCGUGACGAGGAACGACGAAACAAACGGUCGGGCCACAGCAGUAGUGAUCGAAGAGGUGACAGAGAUCGACAUGGUCCACAAUACCGAGGGUCGUAUACAUAGUGACACAGUAUCGGGAUUUGUUUCGAGCAUCGCCACAGGCUGGGCGGAUUGCCACCUAUCAGUCAUUUCGAUAUCGUACCUGGUUCCGCUCUUGCUUAUCACAGCCAUCUAUCAUAACCAACCUCGCAACCUCUUAAGAUGUACUGUGAAGAAACAGCCGCCCCUCCCAUCCCCAUCAUCCUUGCUUCCUCUCCCCAUGGACACCGAAAAGGCUAACAUGUCGGAGAAACUCUCAGGGGUCUCUGUAAACGUCGAGUCCUAUGAUGGUGACGAAGGACAACAUUCUGAUCAUACUAAACGUGUUUUAAGUGCACGUCAAGUUCAGCUUUUCUCUAUCGGUGGAACUAUCGGGACAAGUAUCUUCGUUGCUAUUGGCUCUGCACUCGUUCAUGGAGGUCCCCUGAGCCUGCUCAUUGGCUAUGCGUUCUGGUGCUCGGUUAUUUUUUGUGUCAACGAAGGCCAAGCGGAAAUGGUCUGUCUUUUGCCUAUCGAGUCGUCUUUUAAUCGAUUUGCGACCCGGUGGGUGGACAGGGCAUUUGGGGCCGCAACGUCAUGGAAUUACUGGAUCUGUAUGGUAGCGUUGUUCAACUUCGAGAUCACGGCGUUUACCGCUGUCGUCGGCUUUUGGACCGACGACGUGCACCCUGCGGUCUUUCCGGUUGCAAUGCUUGUUGCAUAUGCUGUCUUGAAUUUGUGGUCAGCCAAGUUCUUCGGUGAAACGGAGUUCUGGAUCUCCCUAAUGAAAGUGAUCCUCAUUACCGGGCUGUUGAUCAUGACUUUCUUCCUUAUGGUUGGGGUAAACCCUCAGCGAGAUGCAUUUGGCUUCAGAUUUUGGAGAGAUCCGGGCCCGAUGGCCGAGUACAUAUCGACGGGGGACCUGGGUAGAUUCCAGGGAUUCUUUGCCUGCGUGCUCAGUGCAGGGUUCGCCGUGGCAGGUCCAGAUAUGCUUAGUAUAAUUGCCGGCGAGGCCAAGUCUCCCCGGCGUAUCAUGCCCAAAGCAUUUCGCACUGUUUUUGUCCGUCUGAUUUUGUUUUUCGUGCUUGGUUCGCUUGCUGUUGGCAUUCUCGUGCCCUACAACGACCCGAUCCUCAAUGCAGCAAUCAGUGAAGGAAAGCCAGGAGCUGCCCGUUCACCCUAUGUGGCUGCGCUUACCCGUUUAAACGUCCCGGUUCUACCUCACAUUAUUAACGCGAUGAUCUUGACUUCGAUUUUCUCUGCUGGAAACGCCUUUUUGUUUAACGGGUCGCGUACAUUACACGGGAUUGCCUUGGAUGGAUUUGCACCUGGUUUUAUUCGACAAACGAAUAGGAAUGGUGUUCCUUGGAUAGCAGUUGCAAUUACAUUGCUCGUUGGAUGCCUCUCGUUCCUGCAAGUAAACCAAAACUCCUCCAAGGUGUUGGAUUGGUUUAUUAAUGUUUCAACUUCCGCUCAAUUGGUGACUUGGAUGGCCAUGUGCAUAACCUGGAUUAGAUGGGACGCCGCAAUGAAAGCUCAGGGUAUCUCUAGAGAUAUUCUUCCCUACAAGUCCAAGUUCCAACCAUACGGUGCAUGGUAUGGGCUCUUUAUGUCGGCUGCUGUUACCUUUUUCAAUGGCUACUACGUUUUCCUAAACGGGGGCUGGGUGACAGCUGACUUUAUCUUUGCAUACGGGUCGGUUUUCAUAUUCUUGGCUGUAUACAUUUAUGUCAAGCUCCUGCGGCGAUCCCCAUUUGUUCCCUCGUCCGAGGCUGAUUUGUUUAGUGGCAAAAAAGAAAUUGACGAGUAUGAAGCAAGACUUACCGAAGAGCCACCUAGUACCAGGUGGCAACGUAUCUUACGUUGGCUAUUCUAG